AUGCGGCGGGGCUUCACGCUUGUCGCGCUGAUCGGCUUCGCUGCGGUCUCUCCGGUCUUUCCCCAACAGGUGAGGUGGAAGAGCUCCUCACCGGCCGAGGAGUUGCAACGCAGAGUGGGGCAGCUCGUCGGCAGGGGCCAUGUUGAGGAGGUUGCACAAGAAAUUCGUCUCGGCCUGGGGCAAUCCGUCUUUUCGAUGAAGGCAUUUGCGAGUGCCCUGUUCCUCUGCGAGCAAAGUCAUAGGGAGAAUGUAGGCAUUGAACUGGUGCGAAGCGUGCAGGCGUCGAAGCUCGUAGAGGCGUGGACGGACGAGAGCGUCCUUGCCGUUAUACUUCGUCUUCAGUGCUCUGUGGGCGACGUUCCCGCGGCGACACAUAUGUUUUCAUACAUGGCUGCUAAAGGUCUCCUGCGUCUUCGUAGUGUUUCGGUGUUUUUGACCUUCUGGUGUGGGCGUGGGGACCGUCGCAUGGCGUUCGCCGUGUAUGAGGAGGCGUUGAGACAGGGCAUCGAGCUGCGUGCGGCGGACUACGUUACACUGGGCCGACUCUGCGUGGCCGUUGGCGAGCCGGUGUCUACACUGCAUUUUAUGCUGCGAGAGAUGCAGGAGCAUGUCUUGGACGUGCCGGCGGCUAUGGUGACGGAUGUGCUUCAGCCGUGGGCCCAAGCAGCGGGGCUUCGCAUUGCCGAGGUUCACUUCCCACACGACGACGCCGCCCGGGAGCCUGGCACGUGCUCCUGCUGCGGGAAUGUGCUCAGGGGGCACCGCUUCACUGCCGCCCAAAAGACAGGGCUCCUGAAUGAUGUGAUGAAAGUUGCGGCGAUGGCUCCACGGGGCAAUCCCACACGCGUCAGGGUUGCCUUUGAGGCGUGGAGGCGGUACGUCUCGGCCCACGGGCAACAUAUCGAUGUGCUGAUCGAUGGGGCUAACUUGGGGUAUUACGGUCUGAGCAGCUGGUACGAAGAGGCGAAGCGGGCACUCCUGCUGAAGCGUGGCAGGAAAUCAGAGGAAAUCAUGCCGAAGGAUGUGAUGUGGACAAAGCAGCGUGCUGUGGACGUCACCGUCAACUUUCAGCUUAUCGAUCUCGCGGUGCAGGAGGCACGACGUCGCGGGAUGCAGCCGUUGAUCCUCCUGCACGAGCGACAUUGUGAGUCGAAGAACUUGACGGCAGAAAACGAGGUGAUCGUGGCGUAUUGGCGUCGUGUGGGUAUCCUCUACUGCACCCCAAGUGGCCUCAACGACGAUCUCUGCUGGCUUUAUGCGGCUUUGGAGCUCACGACGCCAACCGACACCGCUGCCGCUGGGAGUCCGGAAAAGACGGUCUGGGUGUUAACAAACGACCUCAUGCGGGACCACCACUUUAGGCUUCUCAGCCCUCGUUUCUUCGCCCGCUGGCGGGAUCGACAUCGCAUCGCUUUUAAGUGCUCUCGCGAGGAUGGCCGCACGCUUCUGCACUGGGAAAUGCCUGAGCCCUAUGCGCGGUGCAUACAAGAGCUGAGGCCCCUCGCGUGGCACAUCCCCGUCGGCAAUGAAGAGGAGACGACAUUGUGCACCGAGACGAAGCCGGGCGCGAGGGAGGAGGGGCGCAGGCAGGGCAGUUGCCAGGCGGAGCAAGCGGAGGAAAAGUAUGCGGAGGAUGACGUAACGGGUCUGCCUUUGUCCCCACGCCGCUGGGUUUGUAUGAGUUAA